UAGUGGGAAGCUGGCGCUCGAUUCCUGGGAGCGAGGGGGGGGACACAGCGAAGGCGACGGAGCCGCCGGGCGGAACACGGUGGGACGGGCCCGGGCUCCGCGACGAGGAAACCCGCACACGAGAAGAAGAAAAAUGACGGAGGUGGCGACAGUGAAACGAGCUGGGGUUUCUUCAGGCGCUCUAUUUGUUUUAGCGUUUCUCUGAAGAAAAAAGGGAGAAUCGACCGGAUUUUUUUAUUUUUUUUUUAUCCCAGAGGAUUCGGCAAAUAGUAUGAUUCUUUGUGUACCUGGCCCUCGAACGCUUCUGCCCGGUGCUCUGUUCACUGAAGUCCCACAGGGCAUGCGGACUGGAACUGCACCUCCUAACUCUUGCCUCCAAGGCACUCCUCCGGUAUGGGACCCCACAAAGGACCUGCGGGCGAUUGCCAGCAACUUUUGCUAUCUAGAAAAUUCAGGAUGGUACUGGGGAGCAAUAACUGCGGCUCAGGCGCACGCUGCACUUCAAGAGGCGUCUGAAGGAGCCUUUUUGGUCCGGGACAGCAGCCACCCUAUGUACAUGCUGACCCUCUCGGUCAGGACGGCGCGUGGUCCCACCAGUAUACGGAUCCAGUACAGCGGCGCCCAGUUUUUGCUGGACUCCAGCUCGCCGGCUCGGCCAUGCCUGUCGUCCUUCUCCAGCGUGCCCAGCCUGGUGCAGCACUACAUGGGACCAGAGAAGAAAGCAGACGAGGGGAAGGUGCAGGUGGAGUCUCCUUCGAAGCCCUCUCAGCAGACAACGUCAGUGGUUUUGAAACUGAAGCGGGCUGUGUACAAGCCCAGGGGCCUCCCGUCCUUACAGCACCUCACACGCCUCGUCAUUAACAGACACACUGACUGCCACGAACAGCUACCACUCCCGAGGCCUUUGCUGCGUUACAUCCAGGACUACCCCUUCAAGGUAUGAGGCGUUCCUCAGGGUCAUCAUUAUGGUUGAAAUGCAGCUGACGUAAAAAGACAAACAACUGUCAAAACAGGUCCUUCAAACCUGUAAGUGACAACGCUGCUCCAGCAGUUGAAGGCCAGUCCCGAAAAAAGGAAAACUGGACACAGGGUCGUGUUAUGUACUGACGAAAUGUGUACAAAUUCAGUUCAAACUGACGUGUCUGGUUUCAGACGUAACUUGUCGAGGGCUGGGUGGUGAAUUAUCCCAGAGAGGCGACCUAUGAGAAAACUCAGUACUGUAAUCUACACUCAUUUUAUUAUGAAUGUGGAAUUGUCCAUGUCUAAUUUUACCCUCAUCAGUUUUGGAUAUACAUAUUGUUUCCAAGAAGUACACUGAUUCCAUUGAAAACAUCAUUUUAAGCCAUUUUAUUUUCUCAGUAAAACCUUUUUUCUACCUUUUACAUGUGUACAUUUUUGUAUUAAAAUAACUAAUUUGA